GGACUUCAGAGGAUACCCCACAACCACCCAGCCCAGGCAGCGCCCUUCUGAAGACUCUGCAGAGAAGGAAUACCCACGUCGUCGUCGUCGCCGCCCGCUUCGCUUCCAGUCGCUUGGAAACUCUUCUGCUUGUGCUGCCCGCCAGUCUCCGUCGAGACACAAGUGCGGAGCUGUCGAAAAACCGCUGUCAGUUCGCGCUCCUUAGAACACUCCCAAACCGUCUGAAACCAGAAGCGUCGCUGAACUUUCCACGCCAGAUAUCCGUCCUAGGGGUCUCAGCAACAUGCUCUCAACCAACGGAGUAUCCUAUGUCGUCGAGUGCCCAGUCUGCGCAAAGCAGUUUCAAGGCAUGCACUCAGUCUACCAACACGUCUGGGACGUGCACUAUAUCUGCCGUCUGCAACCCGAAUGUCUCGCCGUCUUUGUCACCGGGCUCGGCCGUGAGGAACACGAGAAGCACGAUCAUGCCUUUUGCGAGGCCUGCGAACUACCGUUUCACUCCGAGGAGGACCUGUACGAGCAUCACAAUUCGAGCCAUUGCGACCACCCAUGCCCGGAAUGCCCGCGUGUGUAUGCGCUUGAGAAGGACCUCAGGUGGCAUCGCGCCAACGAGCACUGCUAUCGGUGUGAGCACUGUGGACGAGGGUUCCGGAUGGGAAUUGAUUUAGCGAAUCAUAUUGCGUCGAAAGUGCAUCAACGGAGGAAGAUGUUGUACCCAAACGGGAUAGGUUCCACCCAUCUGAGUAAAGAUAGAGAUCUCACGGCGGCGGAGCGUGCGCUAAGGAGAAAGAGGACGAGCUCAAAGUCGAGUCAAUGCGUCAUCUGCUCGAUAACGUACACCACAACAUACACGGCCGCCGACCAUCUCAAAGCCGGCGAAUGUUCCGAAAAGAUCGCAGCGCUAGCCAAAGCCCGCGCCGAGUACCUCCAGCGCAAAGGAUUCACAACCCUUCCCCACCAGCCCCACCUGACCUCAUUAGACGAUGACGAAACCCGACCGAUAAUAUCAGACGACAACCCAUCCCACCCCCUCCUCACCCACAACAUCUUCGACAACCUCACCCCGGCCACCGAAGCCAGCUGGAACAACUACGCCUACGAGUGCCCCAUCUGCACCUGCGAGUACCUCUCCCUGUCUCGGCUCAACUUCCAUCUCGUCACACACCACCCGCUGCCUGAAGAGUACGUGUGCGCGACCUGCCACACGCAGUUUGACCGUCUCGCGCCGUUCGUGAAGCAUUACGAGGAUCGCACGUGUGCGGCGUCGUCGAGCACGGAGGAUCCGUUGACCGGGUCAAACCAUUCCUCGACGGCGAUGGAUGUGGACGACGCUGAGCUUAUCGUUUACGAAAGUGAUACGGCGUCCGUCGCGCGUUCGUCGACAGUAGUCGUCCCCGACCCCGCGGAAGUGGCCGGACAGGUCGAGGUGGAGUUCAUACCCCCGGUCACCACCGACGCCUACGGCACGACACCCAAACCGACGACCCCGCCACCCCGCUCACCCACCCUCUUCGUCGACGAAGCGCGGUUCGAGGAGCUCUAUGACGCCGACGAGAUGGCGAUUUUGUACGGCGCGGAUUACUAUGACGGCCAGGACCCGUUUGCGGCUAUGGAUCGGAUUGAUUAGGGGGAUUCAGGGGUCGCGGAUAACUCAGGGAGCCGCAUAUCGCAUACGCCUGCGAUUUCACUUCAGCA